UGUCUGUCUGUCCGCCUGUCCUUGUUUUGGACUGGUGGUCCUGCCUCCUCAGUGAAUUUUCCAGAAUGUGUUGACACGUAUGAUUAUUGCCUAUAUUCAUGAACAGCAGUAUCGUAUUUAAUCGGAGUGACAUCCAGCAACAAUGGAUUUUGAAAAAGUACUUCAUAAAGCGAAAAAAAAUGAAAAGAAAAAGACUAAAGAGCCGGUGAACUGUUACCGCACAACAUUUUCUCCUCCCAAAAAGGAAGAACGUUCUAAAGGUCUGUCUGCCAACAUACAGAAAUUUUUAGCCAAAAAAGAUGAAGAAGAGCGUAGAAAGAAACAAGAGGAUGAUAGAAAAAGAGAGGAACUUCUGGCUCUCAGAAACCAAGAUGGCAAGGCAAGGAAGAGAGUUCAAGUCAUGCUCAAGCGCACCAAAUCAGCCAAUAAAUCAGUAUUGAAUGAUGCAAUUGAUACAGUUAACACAGCAGAUACCAUUAAUGGCCCAAAGCAGUGUGAUGAAGAUGAUUAUGGAUAUGAGUCUCAAGAAGCAUCAAAAUUUUACAAUAAAAUGAUGGAAAAAUAUAAUGCAGUUCCUGUUGAAGAGAAAAAAUCUUACAAACCAAACAACCGGGCUACAGCCAAGGAUUUAGUUAACACUAAAGAUCGUGUGCGCCAAGCAUUGCUUCGCCAAGGAGAAGAUGAACAUAUUCCUCAUAAAAGAAGACGACGAAAUAAAGAUGAUGAAGAUAAUGUUAAUGAUCACAGAAGUCGAAGCAACAGUAGAGAUAGAAGUGAAGAACCUGAAAAAAUUGAAAAGCCCAAACCAAAACGCCCUCCAAUGCCACCACCUCUUGAUUUCUCAUCUCUUUUGAAAAUAGCAGAGAAAAAGCAAUUUGAACCUGUUGUUGUUGAAAAAAAGAUUGUAAAAGUUAAAGAAGAGCCAGAACGUUUGAUGACCAAAAAGGAGAAAUUAGAACAUGAAAGACAAAAGGAAAGAGAAAAGAAAGUUUCAGAAUAUUUGAAAGCAUCUUCAUCCAAAUCAAGAGCAGAUGACAGUCCCAGAAAUAUAAAUGGAACUCGUGUCCACAGUAGCCAUGUAAGCAAAGACGCAGAAAAGCUGCGAUCAAAGGAAGAAGAGAGGUUGAUUGACAAGAACAGGGAUAGGCACAGAAAUCAACAGCCUACCGAAAGAAAUAGUCACAGCAACAGUAAAUCAUCAAGCUCAAAGUACACUCCAGAAUCUCACCACUCUUCUCAAUCACGUUCUCGUUCUAGGUCACCUCUCGCCUCAAAAGAUCGUUUAAGUAAUGGACAUUCUAUCAGAAACAAACUGAACGUAAGUAGUACUAGUGCUGACCACUUUAACUCAAGUUCAUCUAAAACCAAGGAUAAUACUCAAAGAAUCAGCAUUUCUAGAAGUGAAUCUAAAUUACCUCCAACAUCAUUGCCUAAAAUUCCAAAAAUUCAGCGAGUAAAUGAGGAAGACAGAAAAAUGUCUGACAGAAAACUCACAGAGAAAGAUAGAAUGAAAGACAAAGAGAAACUGCGCGAUUUGGAGAAGGCAAAGGUGAGGGAACGUGAGAAAGAAAAAGAAAAAUUAAAAGAAAAAGAACGAGAAAAGGCCAGAGAUAAAGAAAAGGAACGAGAGAAAGAGAAAGAAAGAUUAAGACUUAAAGAAAAAAUGGAUAGAGAGAGGCAGAAGGAAAGGGAGAGGGAGAAAGAGAAGCUAUUAGAUAAGCAAAGAGAAGCAGACAGAGAUAGAGAAAGAGCUAGAGAAAAGAUGAAAGAACGUGAGUUUGAAAAAGAAAGAGAACGAAGGGAAAGAGAAAGACGAGAAAAAGAUGUAAAGGAAAGUGCUGCAAGGAAGUCGUCCAGUUCUUCUGACAAAUUGAAGCAAUCAGAACCUAAAAAGGUCUCAAAAUAUGACAAACUUGAUUUGUUUGGGGAAAGGGAUAGCGUUUCGCCUGAACGUCCUCUCAAAACUAACAAAACUAGUGAUAAUCUUAAAAAAACUUUACCUCAAGUGAAAACAGAACGUAUCAAAGUUGUGGAAGAUACCACUAGGGAUCUGUUUGAUAACCCGGUUACUAUAGUCCGUAAGCAGCUGAAUGAUAAAAAUGCAGAGAAAUCUAAUUCUGUGAAGUCAAGCUCCAGCAAACCAGAAGAGAAACCCAAAUUAUCAUCUUCAUCUAAAGCAACUACUUCAACCAAAACCUCUCUUGAUAAAUCAAGGCCAUCAAGUUCCAGUGACAGGAAAAGGGAUGCUGAGGAUAGAGGAAGUUCAUCAGAUAAGAGACCCAAAUUAGAUUACAACUCAAAACCACAAUCCUCAAAAGAUAACUUCAAGAAGCCUUUGCCCCCUGAACCCAGAAAACAGUUCCCUCCCAAGGACCUUCAAAGGAAAGAUUUCCCACCAAGAGAUUUACAGAGGAAAGAAUUCCCACCCAGGGACAUGAAACCCAAGGAGUUCCCACCUAGGGACUUGAAACCUAAACAGUUCCCUCCUAGUGACCUGAAAUCUAGACAGUUUCCUCCUUCUGAUGUUAGGAGAGGAUCUGCUGCAGCCAAUAAAAAACGGUUUGAAUAUGAGAGGAGUGACUCUGAAGACUCAAGUGAUGAAGACGAGGAUGAAUAUGAUGAUGAUCUUGAUGAUUUCAUUGAUGAUGGACCAACGGACAAUGCAGAAGAUAUUUCAAGAUAUAUCAAAGACAUCUUUGGAUAUGACAAGUCAAAAUACCUUGAUGAUGAUGAGGAUAUUGAAGUGUCUAGCUUUGCAGAACAAAUGCGUGAAGAGAGUCGCAGUGCACGAUUAGGGUUGAUUGAAGAUUUAGAAGACAUGGCAAUGGAACAAAGGGAAAAACGGCGGAAAGCACUUCAUCGCAUGAAGAGGGGUAGAAGAUAGUAGUUUCUAUGGACUCCGUAGAAGCAGAAUAAAUUAAUAUAUUUCCAAUUGUUAAGCUUAUUGUAAAAUUUUGUACUUAAGAAAACCAAUAGUUUUGAAAGACUGUUGAUUGAUUAUAUCUGUAUAUAUUUCCAGUUGAAAUGUACAUUUUUGUUCAAGUUU